AUGUUUCGAUUUAAACGACGAUUAACUUCUAGUGAAUCUUCUGAAAACGAAGCAAAAGAACUUCGAACAACACUUGAUGACAAAAAAAUAGUUAGUUGUUUCGAAGAUUUAUCAAAUGAACUUUUCUAUGAAAUUUUUGAUUAUUUUGAUGGUUGUGAAUUAUAUAAAGCGUUUUUAAAUCUCAAUAAUCGUUUUCAAGCUCUGCUUACUUGCUCAUCUCUUCGACUAAAGAUUGAACUUCGUUUUCAUCCAGAACCUAUCCUACACUAUUAUUCUACUAGCAUUAUUGCUCCGAACAAACACCGAAUUAUUUCACUUACUUUGGUCAACUAUCAUCACUAUAAUUCAUAUUUAACACGAUUUUGUAUCGAUUCAACAUUUAAUCAGCUUGAAUCACUGGUAUUAGGUAAUAUCAAAUCAAAUGAACUUAUACCUGUUAUUACAAAUUUGAUCUCUUUACCUCGUCUUUUCUCAUUGACUGUCUAUUACUAUGAUGAUCUCAAACAGAUUAGCAAUAUAUAUCAGACAAUUUUUAAUUUACCCAUGUUAAACUAUUAUAAAUUGUCAUGCUCUUCACCUCAAUCGUUUAUUCCUUUAUCAAUAGCAUCUAAAGAGAAAUUUAGUGGUAUUAAAUAUCUCGUUAUUGAUCAUUGUUGUAGUGUCGAUGAAUUAAUUGCUAUACUUUCAUAUACACCCCAACUCCAUCGUCUAACUUGUGAAGAAGUGAAUGAAUCGAAGAAAAAUAUCAUAGAAGAUGGACUCAACAUGAUAAUCAGUCUAACUUGUAUUUCCAUUGCUAGGUGUAAUGCAGAGUUUGAUGAAUUAGAAACAUUUCUUACCAAGGUAUCACCUCAAUUAGAAGUAUUACGUAUCAAUAGUUUCAACGAUGUGACUUAUUUAGAUGCUAAUCUAUGGGAACAAAUAAUUUCACAACAUUUACUUCAGUUAAAUGUAUUUGAUUUUAAAUAUGAAGAACCUAUUGAUGAAGAGUUAGAAGGAACUAUUUGCCAUGAAAGACUUAAUGAAUUCAACUCACUAUUUUGGAUAAAACGUAAAUGGUUCUUUAGAAUUUCUAUCGAUACAAACUCUCAGAACGAUAAUGUUAUUGUCUAUUCCAUUUUUCCAUACAGGAAAAGUAGAAGUCUCUUUCAGAUAGACAAGGAGAACGAUGAAAGUUUCAUUAUUGAAAUUGGUUACAAUAUUACACAAGAUAGUAUCAUAUCCAAUCAACAAGAAUCUAUUGAUUCUUCUAUGAUAUUUUCUGAAACAAAUGAAUUAACUGUCAUUGAUCUCUGUAAUACUGAAUAUAAUGAAUGUUUUUUUGAUAUGAUACGUCCCAUUUUAACUGUAGUGCAAAUUACUUGUUUAAAUAUUACUCUCAGUAAUAUUUUCAUUGGGACAUUAAUUGGUCUGAUCAAAUGUUUGCCUAAUCUUGAUUCAUUAGUAAUAUCAUCUUUAACAAUGAUACAACCACGAUGUUUAUCUGUUGAAGAAGCAAGAACGUUUCGUUUGUUAUCAAAUAACAACAAAAUUACUAAAGUUAAUCUUAAACAAAUGAAUGACUUGGAACAAGUUCAAUUUCUUGUUGAUCUUUGUUGUCAUAUGAAAUAUUUCGAAGUGGAUUGUACAAAUGGUGUUGAUCCUGAAAAAGUUCUACGAUUUAUUUUAAUGAAAAAUACCAAAUAUAUGCCUAAUUUAUGUUUACUAUGUCUUCAAACUUCAGAAACAAGUAUGGACAUAGUCGACAAAUUGAGCAACAUAAUUGACUUUGAACAAUUAUGUCAGAACUAUAGAAUCAAACAAAUAGACAAUAGAAUUUAUUUACGAUUAAAUUUAUGA